AUGCCGCCUCCGUCCAGUCGCAUGACCAAGCAGCCGGUGCGGCCUGCGCGAUACUUCUCAGGCAAAGCAGUAGCCGAUGAUCCACCAUCAGAGGAUGAAUCCGACGACGAAGAGGAAGAAGCCCAGCAGCGGCCUGCUCCUAAAGCGCCAGCGCCCAAAGCGACAUCUUUCCCGAAGAAGCUUGCAAUAGGCGAAGUGCGACCGGUCGCGAAGGUUGCAGAGAAGAAGCCCGAAGAUGACCUCGAAGGCUUCGUCACGGCGUCAGAGUCCGAGGGAGGAGAGGAAAGUGGCAGCGACGACGAGGGCGAUGACAGUUCAGAAGAGGAUGACGACAGCAGCUCUGAUGACGAGCCCAAGAAACCCAUGCUCGCGCCCAAGUUCAUCUCCAAAGCGAAACGGGCGCAGCAGGGAGCGCCCGCCAUAUCGGAGGAACAGAAGGCUGCUGAGGAUGAGCGCUUGCGAAAGGAAAAGGCAGAUGCCCUGCUACAAGCCCAGAUCGAGCGUGAGAUUGCUCUCAAAAAAGCCGGCAAGAAGAAUUGGGACGACGAGGAGGUACCGGUAGACGAAGUGGAUGACACCGAUGGUCUAGACCCCGAAGCAGAGAAGGCUGCUUGGAAACUCCGAGAAUUGAAGCGCGUACAACGAGAUCGCAAUGCAUUGAUAGAGAAGGAGAAGGUCCUAGAAGAAAUCGAACGGAGACGAAAUAUGACAGAAGAGGAGAAGGCUGCGGAAGACGCGGAGAAGAUCGCGCAGCAAGAAGAGGAGCGUGAAGGGCGAGGACAAAUGGGACACAUGCAGAAGUACUUCCACAAGGGUGCUUUCUUCGACGCCGAGGCGGAGCAGGACGAAGAGGUCAAGGCUGCUUUGACGAGAUCUCUUGCCGGGCGAAAGUUUAUGGAUGAGGCGAGUGAUAAGAGUGUGCUGCCCGAGUACAUGCAGAUUCGAGAUGCGACCAAGUUGGGCAAGAAGGGGCGCACAAAGUACAAAGAUUUGAGGAAUGAAGAUACGGGCAGGUGGGGGACAGAUAUUGGGAAGAAGAGGAGAGAGUAUGAUGGGCUGGAUGACCGAUUCAAGCCUGAUGACAAUCGAGGGAGCAUGCAGGAUAGUACUGGUGCAAACACGGCGCCGCUGGGAGAGCGGAAACGAAGGGACGAGGGCGAAGGGAGACGUGAUGAGAAGAGGGCACGGUACGAUUGAUCUCGCAGGUACACUGCGUACUUCAGCACACCAGCCAGGCAUUCGUGGUAUCCUUUGGUUGCUGCUAUUCUGCAGCACAACAUGCGUCGGCUGCAUGCAACUCCACGGUUGCGGUCCAGGUAAGUGAUCGAAGACAGACCACUUCACAAAUCACAUAUCACACCUGAUACACGCCACUUAGUGCUACGAAAGCGCUUCUCACAACGACGAGUUGCUGGAAAGGAGUAGUAUCAGCGUAAAAUCCGACUGAAAGAACCGCGGACGCCAGAGCAUGUCGACCAGCCCUUCCGUCGAUGCCAUCACAAAGAUUGACAUCUUGGAAAGAGUUUCAGCAACCGAUUCUUCAUGAACCGGAGAAGUCCAGAGUUAUUUAUCGAUGACAAGUCUUUCAUUCUUUCACGCCUGCCAAUAGAGCUGUCUGGAAGAUGGGAUCGUUUUCGUCACAUGGAACAGAAAUGAAAAAAAGCAUUGAGCCAACAGCAGUGUCACGAGAAUCGAGACUAAAAAUGAGCAUGCUCGGGACUGGGUGCACCUGACAAUGAUGAAGAUGAGGAGGCCGUCCUGACCUGCAACACAUUCAUAGCUUCGAGGAGGGCUGCAUCAAGGAUCCAGGUCCUGGAAUACAUGUAGAGGC